UCUGGGCACCUGCCUACCCCUUGGCGGGGAGGCCGGCCACAGGCUGAGUGCGCUCCGGGCUGGGUACCCCUCAGUCAGUCCACGAGCAUUGCGUGGUAGACUUCCACUUGGCCAGUCCUUCCCACACUUCUGGGAUCAGAAAACAAAAUUAUCUUCCUUUCCAAAUCCAAAAAGAUGAAAACGACUGAGUUACUUUCAAAAGACAACCAAGUGCGCACCACAGACUAAUGAGUAGAAUCAAUAAGAACGUGGUUUUGGCCCUUUUAACACUGACAAGUUCUGCAUUUCUGCUGUUUCAGUUGUACUACUACAAGCACUAUUUAUCAGCAAAGAAUGCAGCUGGUUUGUCAAAAUCCAAAGGAAGCCGAAUUGGAUUUGAUAGCAUACAGUGGCGUGCAGUUAAAAAAUUUAUUAUGCUAACAUCCAACCAAAAUGUACCAGUGUUUCUUAUUGAUCCUUUGAUAUUGGAAUUGAUUAACAAGAACUUUGAACAAGUCAAAAAUACUUCUUAUGGCUCCACUUCAGAAUGCAAAUUUUUCUGUGUUCCAAGAGACUUUACCGCAUUUGCACUGCAGUAUCACCUAAGGAAGAAUGAGGAAGGCUGGAUUCAGGUAGCUGAGAAUAUGGGAUUUCAGUGCAUAAAGAUUGAGAGCAAAGAUCCCCGGCUAGAUGGGAUAGACUCACUUUCGGGAACUGAAAUCCCCCUGCACUAUAUCUGCAAAUUGGCCACUCAUGCGAUCCACUUGAUAGUCUUUCAUGAGAGGAGUGGCAACUACCUGUGGCAUGGCCACUUGAGACUCAAAGAACACAUUGACAGGAAGUUUGUUCCCUUCCGAAAGUUACGGUUUGGUCGUUAUCCAGGAGCUUUUGACAGGCCAGAGUUACAGCAAGUUACUGUUGAUGGACUGGAAGUUCUCAUUCCAAAAGAUCCAAUGUACUUUGUAGAAGAAAUACCACACUCUAGGUUUAUUGAGUGUAGGUAUAAAGAAGCUCGAGCAUUCUUUCAGCAGUACCUUGAUGAUAACACUGUGGAAGCCAUGGCCUUUCGGAAGAGUGCAAAGGAAUUACUACAGCUAGCAGCGAAAACAUUAAACAAAUUGGGAAUACCAUUCUGGCUGAGCAGUGGGACUUGUCUAGGAUGGUAUCGACAAUGCAACAUUAUUCCUUAUAGCAAAGAUGUCGACCUAGGAAUUUUUAUACAAGAUUACAAAUCUGAUAUUAUUUUAGCAUUUCAGGAUGCAGGACUUCCACUCAAACACAAAUUUGGGAAGGUAGAAGACAGCUUGGAACUAUCCUUCCAGGGAAAGGAUGAUGUGAAACUUGACAUUUUUUUCUUCUAUGAAGAAACUGACCACAUGUGGAAUGGAGGCACUCAGGCCAAAACGGGAAAAAAAUUCAAGUGUCCUUUCCAGAAAUAACCAUGAUUACUCAUUUCUUAUGUAUCCUUUCAGAGACCGAUGUAUGCUUGUAUACAUAUAGUAUUUACAUUCAUCUCUCUCCCUUUACACAAAUAGUAUUAUAGUAUAUUACAUAUUGUAUGUUCUUUUCCUCACAUAUCUACAUAUCUUGGAAAAUGUUCCAAAUUAGUAUAUAUAGAAAUGGCUGUACUUUAUUUCAUUGUAUGACAAUACCAUAAUUUAUUCAACCAAUUCCCUAUUGAUGAAUAUUUAAGCUGUUUCCAGUAGUUUGCUGUGACCCUCAGUUCUGCAAUGACUGUAUCUCUGGCCACAUGUCUUUAUGCAUAUGUGUGAAACACUCUGUAGGAUAAAGUAUUAGACUCAAAUUUUGGGGUUAAAGGGAAUAUAAGCAUAUUUCAAUUUUGAUAGAUACUGCCAAAUUGCCCUCCAAAGAGAUUUCCCCAAUUUAUAUUCUCAACAACAUGGUUUGAGAAUAUGGGUUUAUUUUUUAAAUGUGCACUCUCUGUAAAGAGAGGUAAACCUGCUUAAUAUUUGCCACUAAUCAGUAACUAAUCAGUUACUUGUAUUCAGUAACUAAAUCUACCAGACACCAAAUAUAGUUGGGAGAACGUUAGAAUUACUAUUGAAACUAGUCAGUGUAAUGCAUCGUCUCCCCUUCCCUAAAGGUCUUUUUAUCUUUCUAAUAAUCUAUUUCUUAUUUUAUAUACAGUUCAUUCUGAGAAAAAGCUUAAUAAUACAGCAUGUUUACGAUUUUUAAAAAGACGAGGAACUCAAGAAGGAAGAGAAAAGAUUUUCUUUAUACACUACUCUGCAGGCCUACCAAAUGAUCUCUUUGGUCCCAAGAUUUAAUAACAUAUUAACAGUAAUAAUAAAGAUGUAGCUACCAGGAUAUCUGCUAGCUAUUAGCCACUGUGAUAGGUAGUUCAUAUAUAUAAUCCGGUUAAUCUUCAUACUAUCCCUGUGGGUUCGGUAUUCUCACCUCCAGUUAGACAUUAGGAAACGAAAACUCAGAGUGAAGUAACUUACUCGAGGCUUUUGGCUGUUGAUGGAUUUAAUGCCAGAUGUGUCUGACCCUCAGGUUAAGUGAAUUAGUACGUAUAAUGCCAUUUGGAAUGGUACCUGGCACAUUGUAAGUAUUGUGUAAGUAGUAGCUACUGUCAGUACUGUAUUAUUAUAACUGUUACUGUUAUUAUUAUUACCAUGCUGCAUUGGCAUAAGGUAUGGUACCUUCAGCACGGUGGUAAAUUGGAUUAGUAAUUUUCUAGGCAGGCAUUUUCUUCCCCCGUCUCAUGCUACUCAUUCCAUCUUUAGUUCUCAGUCUUUCGCUCCUUUCUAGGACACCCUUCUUUCACCUGAAAUCCAAUUUCCAUUUAAAAAUGUUGACUGGAUUCUUUAUUAUGUUUUUCUCCAGCAUCCAAAUCUGCCAGUAAUAAAAGUGGCUAAUAUAACAACUCUGCCUAUAGAAUGUGAAGUUUUUAUUCUUCAACUUCACAUUUGCUAAAGAUGCUGUGUAGAUUUAUUUGGUUUGUUUCUUUCCUUCCCAUUUGAAUCACCUGGUAAGGGUAGAGACCAGAAGCUUGAAAGGUAAUAAUAAUAGUUAACUUUAUUGAAUACUUACUAUAAGCCAAGCACCAUCCCAAGCUUUUAUAUGUGUUAUCUUGUUUAAUCCUCACAAUAAGUUUAUAAAGGAGAUUUUAUCAUGAUCACCUGUAUUUUAUGGACAAACAAAUUAAGGCAAACCUGAGUCAGACCCAGGUCUAUAUCACUUCAGAGCCCAUGUUCUUACCAGUAUACUGUUAGUGUCAUCAUGAUCUCUACCGUGCUGUUAAUAACCCCUCCAUGAAAACAUUACCAAGGUAAUACAGCUAUUGCUGUAUCCUCUAAUAGGAAAUCUACUCCUUGGGCUAGUCGUGAGUUCCCUGUACCUUCUGAUAGUUAUGGUUUCUGCUUAUUGGAUAAAUCUUCAGAAAAUUCGGAUUCAUCCUCUGUGGACCACACUCUUAUCCAAGUGUGGAUUUUAUGUAAUUUAUCAUUCAUUUCUGUAAAAUGUACUUACUAACUGCUGUGUGCUAAGGAUACUGAUGUGACUGUAACUUACUUUCUGCUCUGAAGGAUCUCAUGAUCUAGACCAUGAAACAUGUUAAAGUACUCUGAUAGCAGUACUGUAAUCAAAUAUGUAUAAUCUGUAGUUAGGUACCAAAUCAGCCAUAUCUAGAAACAAUGGCAAAGAAGUGUGGCUUAAAAGUAAUUUGUUGGGGGAACGAUCCAAGAUGGCCAAUCGAUAACGGCUUGGGAUUGCAGCUCUCAAAGUGCAGAGAACUAGAGGAUGCCACACUUUCAGACAAAUUCUGGUCACUCACGGAGCAGAAGAUCCCCAGCGGAGGAACCACACAGGUCGCUAGUGCGACUCUUGUGGCCUGCGCAGCGGUUUCGCUGGCACCUCGGCGCGGCAGCUUUCAGAGCAGAGUAAACAGGGCUGGCUCCCCUUCUGACCGAGGCUUGGAGGACCCACACGGGUCCCCAGCACGACUCCUGAGGCUGGUGCAGCAGCUGUGAUGGCACCUCAGCGCGGCAGCUCUUGGCGCAGAGUAAACGAGACUGGUUUCCCUUCUGACCGAGGUUUGGAGCCCUGGGAAGGCAGAGUCGCCCAUUACGGACACAAGAAGGAAACCAGACAGGAGAAUCCUGGGCAGAAAAGCACCAUCAGUCUUAACAUUGCCGUUCUGGCCCUGGGAACUAACAACUUGGACGUCUACUCAAGAGACCUAAUCUGAAAAUUGGUAAUUUCAAAGAUGACAGGAGGAUAAAUUUACAAUGAUGGGAAGAAACCAGCGUAAAAAGGCUGAGAAUACUCAAAAUCAGAACACCUCUCCCUCUAAAGAUGAUCAUAGUUCCACAUCAACAAUGGAACAAGGCUUGAUGGAGAACGAGUGCAUCCCAAUGACAGAAUCACUCUUCAGGGAAUGGAUAAUAAGAAACUUCUGUGAGUUAAAAGAACAUGUUGUAGCCCAACGUAAAGAAACUAGGAACUUUGAAAAAAGGUUUGACGAAAUCCUAUUGAGAAUAGACAACUUAGAGAGGAAUAUAAGUGAAUUAAUGGAACUGAAGAAUACAAUUCAGGAACUCUGAGAAGUAUGCACAGGUUUAAACACUUGAAUUGUUCAAGCAGAAGAAAGGAUAUCAGAGGUCAAAGUCCAACUUAAAGAAAACAAGAAGACAAGAUUAGAGAUAAAAGGAUAAAAAGGAAUGAGCAAAGUCUCCAAGAAAUGUGGGACUAUGUGAAAAGACCAAAUUUACGUUUGAUAGGUGUACCUGAAUGUGACGGAGAGAAUGAAUCCAAGCUGGAAAAUACUCUUCAGGAUAUUAUUCAGGAAAAUUUUCCUGAACUAGCAAAGCAGGUCAAUAUUCAACCCCAGGUAAUACAGAGAACACCACAAAGAUAUUCCUCAAGAAGAGCAACCCCAAGGCACAUAAUCAUUAGAUUCACCAGGGUUGAAACGAAGGAGAAAAUACUAAGGGCAGCCAGAGAGAAAGGUCAGGUUACCCACAAAGGCAAGCCUAUCAGACUUACAGCAGUUCUCUCAGCAGAAACUCUACAAGCCAGAAGAGAGUGGGGGCCAAUAUUCAACAUCCUCAAAGAACAGAACCUUCAGCCCAGAAUUUCAUAUCCAGCCAAACUUAGCUUCACAACUGAAGGAAAAAUAAAAUCUUUUAUGAACAAGCAAGAACUCAGAGAUUUUAUUACCACCAGGCCUGCUUUACAAGAGCUUCUGAAAGAGGCAUUACACACAGAAAGAAACAACCAGUAUUAGCCUUACUAAAAAUAUACCAAAAAGUAAAGAGCACCAACAUAAAGAAGAAUUUUCAUCAACGAAUGGAUAAAACAGCCAGUUAACAUCAAAUGGCAGUAACCCUAAAUUUAAAUUGACUAAAUCCCCCAAUCAAAAGACACAGCCAAAACCCAACGGCAUGUUACAUCCAGACCUGUUUCACAUGCAAGGAUACACAAAGACUCAAAACAAAGGAAUGGAGAAAGAUUUACCAACCAAAUGGAGAGCAAAAAUAAAUAAAUAAAUAAAUAAAUAAAAAGAAGGAGUUGCAAUUCUCAUAGCGGAUAAAAUAGAUUUUAAAGCAACAAAGAUAUAGUGGUAAAAGGAUCAAUGCAACAACAGAGCUAACGAUUCUAACACCCAGAUACAUAGAGACUUAGACACAAUGAGACAGAAAAUUAAUAAGGAUAUCAAGGACUCGAACUCAGAUCCGGAACAAGUAAACUUAAUAAAUAUUUAUAGAGCUCUCCACUUCAAAUACAUAAAAUAUACAUUCUUGUCAAUACCACAUCACACCUACUCAUAGGUUUAAAUGAAACAUUGAUUGGCCAUUAUUAAUACCCAUUUUUUUUCAGAAUAAAGCAAUAUUUCUGUUCACCCUCCCUUUCUCUCUUCCUCUUUCUUUCUCUCCUUUACUUAUUUUUUUUUUCUUUCCUUCUCUCAAAAAAAGAAAUCAACUUGUAAACCUCUAGAUCCAGGUCGGCAAUGUCUCUCUCAUUGCUUGAAUUCCUUCCUUCCCUUCCCUCCCUCCCUCCCUCCCUUCCUUCCUCCCCCCCUCCCUCCCCCCCUUCCUCCCUUCCUUCCUUUCUUCAUUCCUUCCUUCCUCCCUCCCUUCCUCCUUCCCUCCCUUCCCGCCUUCCUCCCUUCCUGCCUUCAUCCCUUCCUGCCUUCCUCCCUUCCUCCUUCCCUCCCUAAAAAAAAAAAAAAGUAAUUUGUUAGGGAGACUUAGGAGAAAUGUGGAAAAAGGCCUAAAAAUAGGUUUAUUUAACUAUUUUCUAAUUAGUUUAUUUAUAUUUUUUAAUUUAAAAAAUUCUGUGGGCAUCUGUAUUCAUAAAGUAAAAACUUUAUUAGGGGGUUGUUUUCUUUAAUAGAUACCCAAAGGUGGAAUUAGUAAGUCAGACAAUAUAAGCCUUUUAAAGAGUUUUGAUACGUAUUGCCAGAUUGCAUUCCUAAAAAGUUAUUCAAAUAUGUAUACAGUCACCAACAUAAAUGGGUGUGCUUAGUUUGCUAAAUCAUACUGAAUUUUGCAUUGUAUUCAGUCAUUCAUGACUCCCCUCAUCGUUUCUUUGAGUAACUUUUUUCACUUUCUUUUCGUUAUUCCAAGGUAUCUUCUAUCAUAAAACCAGGCCAAUCAUUAAUAGCAAGUUACCAUCAAUUACUACCUUUCUGGCCAGGAGCGGUGGCUCAUGCCUUUAAUCCCAGCACUUUGGGAGGCCAAGGUGAGAGAACUGCUUGAUCCCAGGAGUUCGAGACCAGCCUAGGCAAAAAAUGAGACCCUGGCUUUAUAUAAAUUUUUUUAGAAAAUUACCCAGGUACGGUGGCAUGUGCCUGUGGGCCCAACUACAUGGGAGGCUGAGUUGGGAGGAUCACCUGAGCUCAGGAGAUCUAGGCUGCAGUGAGGCACAGUGCACUACUGCACCACUGCACAGCCUAGGUGACAGAGCAAAACCCAAAAAAAAGAAGAAAAGAGAAAAAAAGUAUUACUUUUCUGUUAACUAUUCCAAACAUCAGCUGUCUUUUAAUACACAUCUAACCACCUCCCUGCCGUUCCCCAGUCUCCCUUUCAAAAUCCAGCUUUAAAAUAUUACAGUCCAUUUUGAAUGCCUGGUUAUAGGUGUUUGCUAGACACUUAUUAUGUAGAGACUUUUAUAUCGAAGCUUUAUACAAGUGUGAUUUUAGGUCAGUGAGUCCAGGAAUUAGAAGACUUGGAUUCAAAUUGGAGUUCUGUUUUUUUAUGUCAUAUAACCUACUGAGCUUCAGAUUUCUCCUCUGUAAAAUGGGAAUAGCACUGUAUACUUCACAGGGUAUAAUGCUUAGAUUAAAUAAUUUGUAGUUACCUGAUUCAGUGCUUGGCACAUAAUAGAUUCACAGCUGUUUGUUAAUUCUUUUUUUUAUUUUUUUAAAUUUUACUUUAGGUACAUACAAUAUCUGGCAUUUCUCCCCAUGUUACCCCUCCCCACCCCCUGCUGUCUCUCCCCUACCCCCCAACUGCCCACAGUGUAUGAUGCUCCUCUCCCUGAGUCCACAUGUUCUCAUUGUUCAACACCCACCUAUGAGUGAGAACAUGUGGUGUUUGGCUUUCUGUUCUUGUGCCAGUUUGCUGAGAGUGAUGGUUUCUAGAUUCAUCCAAGUCCCUACAAAGGACACCAACUCAUUGUUUUUUAUGGCUGCGUAGUAUUCCAUGGUGUAUAUGUGCCACAUUUUCUUUGUUCAGUCUAUCAUUGAUGGGCAUUGGGUUGGUUCCAGGUCUUUGCUAUUGUAAACAGUGCUGCAAUGAACAUUCGUGUGUAUGUGUACUUAUAGUAGAACGAUUUAUAGUCCUUUGGAUAUAUACCCAGUAAUGGGAUUGCUGGGUCAAAUGGAAUUUCUAUUUCUAAGGCCUUGAGGAAUUGCCACACUGUCUUCCACAAUGGUUGAGCUAAUUUACACUCCCACCAACUGUGUAAAAGUGCUCCGAGUUCUCCACAUCCUCUCCAGCAUCUGUUGUCUUGAGUUUUUAAUGAUCACCAUUCUAACUGGCGUGAGGUGGUAUCUCAAUGUGGUUUUGAUUUGCAUUUCUCUAAUGACCCGUGAUGAUGAGCAUUUUUUCAUAUGUUUGUUGGCCUCAUAUGUGUCUUCUUUUGUAGGUGUCUGUUCAUAUCCUUUGCCCACUUUUGAAUGGGUUUGUUUGUCUUUUUCUUGUAAAUCUGUUUUAGUUCUUUGUAGGUUCUGGAUAUUAGCCCUUUAUCAGAUGGGUAGAUUGCAAAAUUUUUUCCCAUUCUGUUCAUUGCCAGUUCACUAUAAUGAUGGUUUCUUUUGCUGUACAGAAGCUCUGAAGUUUAAUUAGAUCCCAUUUGUCUAUCUUGGCUUUUAUUGCCAUUGCUUUUGGUGUUUUAGUCAUGAAGUCCUUGCCUAUGACUAUGUCCUGGAUGGUUCUGCCUACAUUUUCUUCUAGUGUUUUUAUGGUGUUAGGUUUUAUGUUUAAAUCUUUAAUCCAUCUGGAGUUAAUUUUAGUGUAAGGUGGCAAGUAGGGGUCCAGUUUCAACUGUUUGUUAAUUCUAAAUUAGGCAGGCAGAGCAUAGAAAUCUGAUUAGGAAAAUUCAUUGCUAGGUAGCAAUUAGAAAAAAAAUCACAUAGUAAUGGAUUAAAGCCUACCAAAUGUUAUAAAGAUGAAUAUAAACUUGUAUUACAUAUAACUGCAGAGAGAUAUAGUUUACAGGAAUAAACAUGUAGAGUACUGAUUCUACAGAAGUUUUCUGUGAAAGUGAGGGUUCAGCCAGCACAAUUUGAAUGACGGUUGUUGAAUGGGAAAUUGCUAUUAAAUUAGAUUUGGUUGCUUCUAGGAAAGGAGACUUAUGGCCAUGGAGAGAUGAUAUUGGGUAAUGUAAACCGGUUAAUUGGCAGAAGGUCUUGUUUGGUGGGGUUUUUGAUGGGAUGUAAUAAAGAAUGUCUCUCAUAAGGCUUUGGUGGAGAAUGUAGUAAGACAUGAGUCCUAUUGAGGAAUAUUGUUCUUGCUAGUGUGUGUAGGCAUGGAAAGCUGGUAUAGUGAGUAAGACUUGGGUGGUUGAGGACCUAUACUAAACAGGAGGUGACUCAAAGAAGUGGUAAAAGGUCUUAGCACCAUGCCUGGUUAUGAACAAGGGGAGUCCAAGAAAACUAAGUGUCCAAAAUAACAUAUAACUUUAUAUCUUAGAGCCUGAGAAAAAUUAGGAAAUAGUGGAUUAUUAAGUUUUUAAUUGAAGUGUAUCAUACAUACAGAAAAGUACACAAAGCAAAUGUAUAACUCCAGGAAUUAAUGAACAAAUAUGUAACCUACACCCCAGUAAAAAAAAAAAUAGGUGCUUGUCAGCACCCCAGAAACCCAUAUCAUUUUCCCUUAUGAUCACAGCUCCUGUUUCCCACAAGGUAACAGCUAUGCUAACUUCUGAUAUUACAGUUUAGUUUUACCUGUUGUUUUUUUAAAUUUUGUGUAAACUGGGUGAUAAUGUUGCUGGCUUCCUUUCAUUCAACAUUGUAUUUGUGAGAACCAUUUAUAUUUUUGCAUGUUGUAGCUAUUCAGUCAUUUUCUUUGCUGUGUAGUAGUUAAUUACAUGAAUAUGUCACAAAUAUUUAUUAAGUCCACUAACCCAAAUAUUAGUUGGGAAUUUGGGUUGUUUUCAAUUUGGGGCUAUUAUAGAUGAUGCUGUAGUGAACAUUUCUGUGCAUGUCUUUCAGCGCCCUGGUACAUGCUUAUCUUAGUUUGCUUAGGCUGCUAUAACAAAAUACCAUAAGCUGAGUGCUCAUAAACAACAGAAAUUUAUUUCUCAGGGUUCUGGAUGAUGGGAAGUCCAAGAUAAAGGUAUCAGUAUGAUCCAGUUCUGGUGAAGGGCCCUCCUAGUGGUUGCAGACCGCUGACCUCUCCUCCCAUGGUGGAAGGAGCAGGCAAGUUCCCUUGGGCCUCUUUUUUAAAAGUUCCAUUCAAAAGCGUUCCACCCUCAUGACCUAAUCACCUCCCACAGGUCUUACUUCUUACACUGGCACCUUGGAGAUGAGGCUUUCAGCAUGUGAAUUUUGAGGAGAUGUAAACAUUCAAACCACAGCAAUGUUUUUCUAUUGGGUUUAUACAUAAAGUGUGAGAUUGCUUGGUCAUAGGGUAUUCAUAUGUUCAGUUUUGGUGUAUUAUUUACAAAUAGUUUUCCCAAGUUUGUUAUUCUAAGUUAUGUUCCAAUAAGUUAUAGAACUUCCCAUUGCCCCACAUUCUUACUAACACUUGGCAUUGUCAGACUUCCUAAUUUUUAGCCAUUUUGGUAGGUGUGUAGUGUUACCAAAUUGUAGUUCAGAUUUCCAUUUCCCUGACUCAAUGAAAGCAAGUUCAUGUUUGUUGACGAUUUGGAUAUCCUCUUUUGUGAGUUAUCUGCUGAGUGUCUUGUCAGUUUUGUUUUUAAUUUGAGUUGGCUGUCUUUUUCUUACUUGAAAAUAUUACCUCCCAAUCUGUACCUUUCUUCUUUACUCUUUUUGUUUGUUUGUUUUGGAGUGCAGUGGUACGAUCUCGGCUCACUGCAACCUCCACCUCCCAAGUUCAAGCAGUUCUCAUGCCUCAGUCUCCUGAGUAGCUGGAAUCACAGACACACUCCAUUACACCCAGCUAUUUUUGUAUUUUUAGUAGAAACGGGGUUUCACCAUGUUGCCCAGGCUGGUCUUGAACUCCUGACUUCAAGUGAUCUGCCUGCCUUGGCCUCCUAAAGUGCUUGGAUUAUAGGGAUGAGCCGCCCUGCACCCAGUCCUUUACUCUCUCUCUCUUACUAGUGAUUUUUGAUCAAUAAAAAGUUAUUAAUUUUAAUGUAGUUCAGUUUAUUUCUUUCCCUAUCUCAAGGUAAUGAAGCUAUUCCUCCUAUACCACCUUCUAAAAACUUUAUUGUUCUGUGUGUAAUAUGAAGUAAAGAUCAAGUUUAGACUGUAUACCUUAUUUGGAUUCACUAGUUUUCUACUAACGUACUUUUUCUGUUCUGAGAUCUAAUCUAGGCUACCACAUUGCAUUUAGACACACUACCUUUUGAAAUUUGAUUUUAGUCCAAGAUUUUAAGCUUGUCACUGGUAAUGCCAAAUUAUUGUACAUCAUCGCAUGUCCCAGUUCUGCUCAUUCAAGGGCCUUGAGUUCCUGUCUCUUUGUACUAGCUUCUUGGUACCUCUAUCUAGAAAUAAUCUUCUCUUCCUCUGCAUUACUAUAGAUUUUCUUUUUCUUUACCUCUCUCUUACUUUUUUGGAGUACUUUUGCUGAUUAGUCUGCCCUUUCUACGUGAUAGGUAAAAUCAGGCCUGGUACAUGUUACUUGUUUGGCCUGAGACUAAGUGAGACCUGGAGUCCUAUAUGAAACUAUAAGUCAGAUCCUCUUAAGUGAUGAUAGGGUGACACUAGGUUGAUGCCUUUAUCCAACCUAACGCCUUUGGAGAAUUAAAGCUAUAAUUAAGUUAGCCUAGUAGUUUUCAAUCAUUUUGCUUCACAGGAAGUUAAAGAUUAAAGGUAGUUGUUGAAUCCUCACUGAUCGUCUCUCUCAGUUUUACAGAUUGAUAUUGUGCUCCUAUAGUUAUAACUGCAAGAAACGCAUUUGUCUUUUUAGUACUUACAGCUGUGAAGCUAAAGGCAAAUUUGAGUAAUUUUUUUAAAUGAGUGUAUUUAAAACAUUGACUUUUCUAAAAAUGAUCUCAUAUUUUCUGCUCCAUUUAUGCCUUUAUAUUUUACAACAUACAGAUUAUGUCUUAGGUCUCCUUAAUUAUACUGCCAAACCACUAGUAAUUAGCAGGUGCAAAAUUGAGAAAUUGAGAGAAGAACUUUGAAAGAACUGCUUUUGGAAGUUAUACAGUUAUGCAUGUUAUAUGGUAAUUGUAUACAAUAUGUAGACAUGGCAGUUAUUUAUAUAGCAAGCUUUGUUUAUUUCUUUAAGAGAAGAUUGCCUCCAGAUGAAUAAACAGCGAAUCUUUCA